AUGGUCGCAGGCCGGCUGGUGAAGUUCAUUUGCCGAUGGGAUGCAGACGUCUCCAGGUUAAAGUCCAUGAGAGACUGGAAGGGUCGGCGACCACAAGAGGUUUAUCUCUAUAGUAGAGGCUGGUCUCGGCGGAACUUGCCUGGGGGUGAUGAGCGCCUUGAGCACUUCACGACGAUUUGGGAGGUUCUUCGCAUCGAAAUUGAUGCUGUUUUCACUCCUUCCAUUCCAAAGGCCCAUCUUCGGAUGAAGGGAAACCCCAGCGGCAAGAUCUCCAAAAGUGGAAAGGCUAUGGCCUCAUGUCUGACCCCACUGCAUAGCAGCGCCUUGAAAGGUCAGCUUGUGACCGUGAAAAUGCUCAUGGCUUUGAAAGCUGAUCCGGAGGCAAAUGAUCCUGAACAGACCGCUUGUGUACAGUGGCUCUUGGGCUACAUGAUGGCAGAGGAAGCGGGUCCACAGAAAGUGGCCAAGCUUUUGGAGCACGAAGAUCGAGCCAAGCUCCAAGUCCUGAUGCAAGCAUUGCACAAAGCCCGGCAGAGACUUGAUGAGGAUCUCUACGCAGGGCUGGGGAGCUUUCCAUACCAAGCUCAUGCAGCCGGCGAUGCAGAAAUUUCAGGACUCAAUGGAGCUGAUGGGAAAGCUGAGUUUGGAGGAGAUUUACGAAUGUGGCCCAAGGAAGCAAUUGAAGGAUGGAAGCCCGGUCUUUUGCAGACACUCGACAUCGUCGGGCUGCUAAGCAUCACCGGCUUUGUGGAUGCGAAAGGUUUGUGCCGCUUGGAAGCAUCCACCGCCUCGAUGCAACAAGCCUUCUUCACCUCUUCGGUGAAUCCAGAACGGGCACCCUGGCGGCUGGCUGCCAUUCAGCGGGGGCUUUGCAUCUUGGAGAGGAAGAGCUUCAGCAGCAGAGAAGUGCAUCAGCGACUCAAACGCUUUUAUGGCAAGCUACACCUCGUGACGUCACCUGCCAAUUGGCAGUGGCCGAUCUAUGGCCUGGACGGAGUUGAUCGCUUGGAGCGGAUCACCGAGAGCUUUAUGCAUGGGCUUGGCCAGUGCCACGGUUUACAGGUGCAUUUGCUGGAGUUUGCCUUUCAGCCAAAGGAUGUGCAGAAUGCUUUACAAAAUGCCAAUGAGUGGAGCCCUCCACCUCCACCAGCCAAGUCGAAUCAGUACCAGGGCUCCUUUCAGCAGCUGCUGGGUGUCCAUCAGUUGCAUUUGGAAGCUUCAGUGCAACCGCUGAUGACACGCCACGGAGGAGUGGAGUGUGCACUCUUCCUCGAACUCAGGCUGGGCCAGAGCCUCACAGAAAGCGCUUGGGUGCAUGUGUUAGUGUGGUGCGGCCUCGAAGCUUUUCCAGGUGAUUGCCGUGGCUGCGCAGAGCCUGAGGAGCCUAUGUCAGCCAUGCAACUCAGGCUACCCAAAGGAUGCGUUUGCUCAAGUUUGCAGCGCGUUGCUCGUGGGUCACUGCUCCAACAAGCCUUGACUUCUCACGGCACCGUCCGAACGCUUCUAGCCUUUGAGCCAUGCAAGUCAGCGGCGACGUGA